AUGUCCAAUCAAUGAGCUUUGGCGGUCGUCACCGUUUAAGUAUUUGCGCGUUUCCGCCAGUCUACAGUCCUUUGUAAAAUGUCGUCUGAACAUGAAGAUAGACCCAGAGACAGUGGCCCUGAGGGGAUGGAGCCAGAUGGUAUCAUUGAGAGCAACUGGAAGGAGAUUGUUGAUAGUUUUGAUGAUAUGAACCUGCGAGAGGCUCUUCUCAGAGGAAUCUAUGCUUAUGGUUUUGAGAAACCCUCCGCCAUUCAGCAGAGGGCAAUUCUCCCUUGUAUCAAGGGGUAUGAUGUCAUCGCACAGGCUCAGUCUGGCACAGGAAAGACAGCCACCUUUGCCAUCUCCAUCCUGCAGCAUAUUGAUGUGGAGAUGAAGGCUACACAAGCUAUGGUGCUGGCUCCUACCAGAGAGCUCGCCCAACAGAUUCAGAAGGUGGUGCUGGCUCUUGGAGACUACAUGGGGGCAUCCUGUCAUGCCUGCAUUGGUGGCACCAAUGUCCGUAAUGAAGUUCAGAAACUCCAGGCUGAUGUGCCCCACAUAGUGGUUGGAACCCCUGGCCGUGUGUUUGACAUGCUCAACCGCAGAUACCUUUCUCCCAAAUAUAUAAAGAUGUUUGCGCUGGAUGAGGCAGAUGAAAUGUUAAGCCGUGGUUUCAAGGACCAGAUCUAUGAGAUUUUUCAGAAGUUGGCCACAGAUACUCAGGUGAUUCUUUUGUCUGCCACCAUGCCUCAGGAGGUGUUGGAGGUCACCACAAAAUUCAUGAGAGAUCCUAUUCGUAUCCUAGUUAAAAAGGAAGAGCUGACCCUUGAGGGUAUCAGGCAGUUCUACAUCAAUGUUGAGAAAGAGGAGUGGAAGCUGGACACACUGUGUGAUCUUUAUGAAACCCUGACCAUCACACAGGCUGUAAUUUUCAUCAACACUCGACGAAAGGUCGACUGGUUGACUGAGAAAAUGCAUGCGAGAGACUUCACAGUUUCUGCACUGCAUGGUGACAUGGAGCAGAAGGAGAGGGACGUCAUCAUGAAAGAGUUCCGCUCGGGCUCCAGCCGAGUCCUCAUCACUACUGACCUGCUGGCAAGAGGCAUUGAUGUGCAGCAGGUUUCCCUGGUUAUCAACUAUGACCUUCCAACCAACAGGGAAAACUACAUCCACCGGAUUGGACGUGGUGGCCGUUUUGGUAGAAAGGGCGUCGCUAUAAACAUGGUCACUGAAGAUGACAAGCGUACACUCCGAGACAUUGAGACCUUCUACAAUACAACCGUGGAGGAAAUGCCCAUGAACGUUGCUGAUCUUAUCUAAGACCCUAGCCCCCCUUUUCUUUUUUCUCUCUCUCUCUUCCCUUCCCUCUUUAGUCUAAUUUCAACCCACAUCCUUUUUCGCGCAACUCCCCAAAUCAAGUACUGUUAAUUCUGAGGGUGUGCUUUUUCAUAAAUCCAGUAUGUCUGCCACAUCACUCAACUAUUCAGAAUGAAUACUCAAUAUUCCUCGAGGCUCAUUUAAUCUUGCCCCUUUUGAGUGGUGCCAUCUACUGAUCAAGAGGCUGCAUUGCAGGGCUUAUUUGCAUGUUAAGUGUAAAUGUUAAUGCACUGACUGGCAUAUGGAUUGAAGACAAUGCCCUGCUUGAUGUUGGUUUAACCAUUUUUGAGAUGUGACUUCAUUGGAAUUUUUUUUUUUUUUUUUUUUUGAUUAACACAGGGCAAAGGAUGUAAAAUACAGAAUUCAUGUUUUAUAUGGUGGACUUGGACUUUUUAUUCCAAAUCUUCAUCACUGCUAUCUUCCUUUUUACAGAAGCAUCUGAGUGCUGUAAGUUCUGCUUGAGGGAAAAAGAGGAAGCUGGAUUGUGAGCGCAAAACAGAUUAUAAAGUUGCAAAAAGUGGGGUUUGUUUGUUUUUUUUUUUUGUUUUUUUUUUUUUUUUUUGGUCCAGUUGUUCGGUUACAUCUCUUGUUGACCUGUGCAUGGCUGUAGCUUUUUGAUUUUGUAAAUAGGCUUUACUAUGGCGGGAUGGGUGGCCCAAGGCAUUAAAAAUGAAUUUGGCAUGAUUGGUAUGGCUGGUUAACAACCCACCAUUGUAUCGCCUCAGAUUUUCUCUGCAUCAAAGUCCUAUCGAGGAGUGUUGCUCCUACAACCUACCUCACCAAACUGUGUUGGAUGGGUCUAAAUAUGUAAAGGACCAAACUGCAGUAGUAGAGUAUAGAGAUCAUUGUCUUCAUAUUGUUCAAAAAAAUGCCUCUCUUGUUGGGUGGGUUUGGAUGUGGGGUUUACAUUGGUCUGAUAUUUUUUUAAACAAAUUUAUUACAAAUGUGAUUAUUAACCUUUUUGAGACAGAAGCCAUGUAUUAAAUCUUUUCUACAUUGGACUCUGUAUAGUAUUUAUUUUAAUGGUCUGAAAUAAAGGUAUUUCCCAUUUUUAACAUGCUAAGCUGACUCUUACUCGUUCAUUGGGUUUAAUUUACUGCAAGACUGGUUUCAUCUUGCAAUACGAGUAUGAGAUCUCCAAGCAUGUGUUCAUAGUUCCCGUCAUGGUUUUUUUUUUUUUUGGGGAAUAUGACAUCUUUUGCCCUUUUUGUUCCUAUUAUCAACAUUUCAAUCGCCCAUCAUUCCAAUGGUGUUUGAUCAGAUGUGGGUAGACGAGAAAUUUUCAGUAACAGCUGAACAAGUCUUAUCAAUGUUAAGGAUGAUGAGAAUUUAGUCAUUUGCUCACUUGUGGAUCCUCUGCAGUGAAUAGCAGCUGAACUAAAAACAUCAAAUAAUCCGCAACCAAUGUCUUGUGAAAUGAAAUGUGUUGAAGAAACUAAGGUUGAAUAAAAUGUUCAGAAAACCUUCAUAUUGGGGUCAGCUAUGCCUUUUAAAAGAGUUUUACCAUUCAAUUGUGAUGCAUGUUUGUGAGUCAUGAACAAAACCAUAAGAUUUGUCAUAGUACUAAUAAACUGUGUUUCAAAUACACAAUCAACAGGUUCAUAUUUUCAUCAACUCCAAUUGCAUUUUAUUAACUGUAUCUUGCUUGCUCCACAACCAGCCACAUUCGAACAAUAAAUAAAAUUUUUGGUCAUGGAUAGGGAAUUUGUGUAAAUAUAUUUGAAAACAAGAUUAUGUAAAUACCUUAAAACAUAUGCAUAUACUUAAUAAACUAUGCCGUGAAUAA